CUACUCACAUAUGUUCUCAUGGCUCUGCGAACUCUACGAUCAGCGCAGUCAUUGGCAGCUCGGCGCCCGUUUUCUCUCACAAGCAGAUCGAAUGCCUACAAAGAUGACCAAGAUAAAGACAGCUUGAAGCGGACGAGCCACGAAUACAGCUUGACAGGAUCAGAUGAAGCUGCCGCCGAAAACGUCGAAACCUCAUUCGGCAGCAAACACAACACGCCAGAGGAGGCUCUGGACAACGCGGAAAGCGAGAGCAAGCGAAUCGGCCAAUCUACCAAUCCGCUGAACGUUUCGCCGGCCAAUGUCGAAGUCAGCAAAGCCGCGGCGCAUCGCCCAGAGCAUGAGAGCAUUGAACAAGGGCUUUCGAGGGAAACCAGCAAAGGGGGUAAGCCGGUGAAGGGAGGUCGAGGAAGGUUAUACGCUGGACAGGGCGAGUUGAGCAGUACGGAUAAAGGUCCCAGUUCUGCACAGACUGGGAGAGAGGAGAAGAAAGAUAGCAGAUGAUACGAAGGAGUGGAAUCAUCUCUGUGGUGCGCUGCAGAUGCUACCAUGCGUUCACGGCACAUCCGGAGGACUGAACGGACAGCGAGAUCAUACUCGGCAGAAUAGCGUGGAUACGUACUCAAUCUAAGUAUUCCUGCUUGGAACAGGGCA